GGGUAGCCGGACCGAGGCCAGGCCACGGCGCUGCAUGAAUCUGGCCCUCGUGCCCGCCAUGGAAGGAGGCCCAGCCCUGUGCCGCCAAGACCCCUGUGCAGAGCUGGCGGAGAGAGUGGCCACCAUUGACGUGGCUGGGCGGAGGGGGGCCGGCGAGGGGGCCGGCCGUGCGGUCUUCUCUGGGGAUGGCCGGAGCCGAGACUCGCCAGCAGACGGCGGCCCCCCCGAGGCAAGAGAGCGAAUCUCCUCAGCCCCCUCCCUGUCCGCAAGAGAUACCCGGCCUCAGGAGGAUGCCCGGCCUUCUCUGCCCAGCAGGAAGCUCUCUCUCCAGGAAAGACCGAGCAGGAGCUGCCUCUCUGCCGCCUGCCCCGCUGCGAGCGGGCCCUACGCCACAGGCCCCACCAACCACAUCUCUCCCCGAGCGGCGCGCCGGCCCACCAUCGAAUCCAAUCGAGUGUCCAUCUCAGACGUGGAGGACUGUGUCCAGCUCAACCAGUACAAACUCCAGAGCGAGAUCGGAAAGGGCUCCUACGGCGUGGUGCGGCUGGCUUACAACGAGGCUGACGACAAGUACUAUGCGAUGAAGGUCCUGUCCAAGAAGAAGCUCCUGAAGCAGUACGGAUUUCCACAGGGGGUUGGCCAGGAGGCCAGCGAGCUGCCCUUCGUGCUCUAA